AAGCGGCUGUUGAGGUCAUCGUGGUUUCGCUCACACAAUCAUAAUCAUGAGGUUACCGUUAGCAGGCCUCGUUCUGGGCCUCAUAACAGUGGUUGCGGCAUUAUCGGCGACAGGCAACAAGCUGCUCGUCAUUGCGGAGGACGCAGCGGACAAGGACAAGUACUCACAGUUCCUUGCUGGUGUCGAAAAGCGCGGUUUCCAAAUUUCACAUCAUACUCCCAAGGAUGCAUCAUUAGCACUCUUCGAGCACGGCGUGCCAGCAUACGAUCACCUUUUGCUUCUCCCGACUAAGGCAAAGAGUCUCGGUCAGGCAUUGACACCGAAUUUAAUCGUCGACUUCGUGAACGCUGGAUCCAAUGUCCUUCUCGCACUUUCAUCGACAGUAGGCGUUCCAAUCGCCGUCAACAACCUUCUUGCGGAGCUGGAUGUAACUCUUGCCUCGGAGAAGAACAGCUUGGUCGUCGAUCACUUUCAGCAUGAUGCUCGGAGCGCAGCGGAGGACCACGACGUUCUGGUGUUAAACACUCCCGACUUCACGGGAAAGAAUGUGAAAAAUUUCUUCGCAGGCAAGUCGGCUUCAGGCGGCUGGAUCGCACUUCCGCGGGCUGUCGGACAGGUUCUCGGCAACGAGUCUCCAUUGUUGCAAUCCAUCAUUAAAGCACCGUCAACCUCGUACAUGCGCAAUCCCAAGGAAGAGGCGGAUUCCAACGAGGAGCCAUUCGCGACUGGUGCUCAGAUCAGCCUAGUUACGGCUUUCCAGGCUCGCAACAGCGCGCGCUUCACCAUUCUCGGCAGUGCAGAGGCUUUGGAGGACAAAUGGCUCGAAGCGAAGCUUGAGGUCCAGCUUCCGGGCAAGGGUCAGAAGAGUGUCAUCCCCGAGAACAAGUUGUUUGCGGAACAGGUCUCGGCUUGGACUUUCAAAGAGGCCGGCGUAUUGAAAGUCGGUCAAAUCCGUCACUACCUCAACGAGGGCGUGCAGAAGGGAUUAAAGAACGCUUCCGGAGUGCCUGCAUUUGACGUAAACCCGGAGAUCUACCGCAUCAAGAACGAUGUGCAUUACGAAAUUGAGCUCUCCGAGUGGGUCACCGAUCGCUGGGCUCCGUUCGCGGUUCCAGCUGGCGAUGCGCUUCAAUUGGAGUUCAGCAUGCUUUCGCCCUUCCACCGUCUCGAUUUAAUUAAGCAGGCCGACACUGCAUCUUCGACCGUCUACGCCGUCGAUUUCAAGCUGCCCGACCAGCACGGCAUCUUCAACUUCUUUGUCGAAUACCGCAGACCAUUUUACACCGUUGUCGAGGAGAAGAACACCGUGUCAGUGCGUCACUUUGCUCACGACGAGUGGCCACGAUCGUUCGUCAUCAGCGGCGCCUGGCCAUGGAUUGGUGGCAUCUGGGUCACAAUCACUGGGUGGAUUUUGUUUGUCGCACUAUGGCUCUACAGCAAACCUGCUGCUGAGAAGAACCUCAAGCGCUUAUGAAGAAUAUCUCUCGCGGGUAGUGUGCGCGGGCGCUGUGCAUGUCGCGUCAGAAUGAUGUACAACUAUCGAUAGAUGAAAACGAUUUCAGAGCCUCCGUCCUGUUGUUCAAAUCGUGAGCGAUUGCUAUGAUCAGAUUGUGAGAAGUCUGUUCUGUGCACGACCACGAUUCCGCGAAAAGUGUGAUGAUAAACACCACGACUGUCGCAACGCCUCGUCGCCUGCAUAAGAACCGAACAUUACCUACCUAGGUACCUUGGUAGGUAUGUAUUAUACGAACAACGCUCCGCGUUUCUCCCCG